CCUUCAUGUCAAGUGUAUCUGAUAUCCUCCGGAGAAUAGGAGUUUAUAGGAGUUCAAAUAUCUCCGGCUUGUCGUAUCCAACGACUUCACUUCGUUUGGGACCCCUGUUUAACGCCGAUUAUCUCCGAAUAUUCAGAGUCAACGGUUCUAAUCAACCUCGAGUUGUACAUUUGAAUUCUCCCCUCGCGCAUAAAAUGAUGGAACCUCUAUUACUCGCUAGAUACGAUCUUGUUGGUCUAGCUCAGGUUGCUGCUGGAGUUGCAGCGGAGACGAUGCUAUGACCCGACGGUGUGACAACAAGCCGUCGGCGCAAUGGGAAUUAACUUUUAUACGGUCCUGGCUACUUCAUGUUGUUUGAGCUCCUAGCAUCUCCAAUAUCUUCAUUUAUGUAUAGAAAAGUCUCCUAUAGUCGCGGAAGUCGUGCAAUGAGUCAAGCCGUAGGGUGAUUCAGUUCAUCCGAACGAAGGAGUGAUCGCGUAUAUAGAGGAUAAAAUAUGUGGCUUUUUAACUAUGCUCAACGUCAACCAUUUACGGCCGCAGUCUGAACUUGGUUCUGCUACGAUUUCGCAGGACCAACCAUUUUGGCUCAGCGAACGCCCCUAAAUCAGCUACCCAAGCCAUACAACGUAAUUUAAUCAUGUCAACAGCCGGCGACAACGCGAGCGCCUUCCCAGGCCGCUUGCUACGAAUGACUCUCCAAGUCUACGCAAACACGAAGAACAAGCCCGAGGACAACGAAGCCUUCGCCCGUGAAUACCAUGCCAAAGUAGCUAGCAUCCAUGCCCGGAAUGGUAUCGAGGCAUACCAGCAAGUCUUCACGCCCCCGCCGUACCGCGCCGCUCUGGACGAGAUGAACCGUGCCAGGAACCGUGGCUGGGUUGUCGACGACCACGACCUCACCGCCGAGUUCUACUUCCGCAACUUCGCGGAGCUCGAGAAGGUGCGCGCGGACCCGGACUUCCAGGCGCUGCAGGCCGCCGAGGGGCCCUACGUUAACCUGGUGCAUACCGUCGUCUCGCUGGGCUGGGUGGAGAAGUACGUCGAUGCCGGGAAGGUGGUUAAUAUUGGUGAGGACGGGAAGUCGAUGUAUCCGCCUUGGAAGGAGUUAAUGGAUCUUAGUACGGCGAGGGGGCCGGUGGAGGCGGGGAAGUGAGGUAGGAGGUUGGGUUAAGGAAGGGUUUGGGUUAAGGAAGGGGUUGGGUAGAUGGGUAGAUACUUAUCUCGAGGAGUAGGUGGUGAGUUUGAGGGCUUGGAAGCUUUCUUUGCUGUAGCCUGAGCACUUUUAGGUGUUUGAGGUUGAGUAUCGUCGGCGACUUCCUUCAUCUGGCGAGGGUUGUUGAUAGUCAGUGCCGAGGUAAACUCCUUAAUGCCAUAGGUACCCAGAUACGAAGGGACUUAGAAGAGUGAUUCAUUCAUAAGAUACCAUCUUUGAUUAUAAGUCAAGUUUAAGGACUAUGAGAAGAGUUUGUAUUAUCUAGACAGGUA